CCGUCCAAUCGGAGGGCUUCGCGCCUUCCGAGUCAUUCGUGGGUUUUGCCCCGAGAGGGAGGGAGAUCGAGCUCUACGUCAAACCUGUGCAAACUCUUCUUUUAAUACAUUUAAAGCCCGCUUGUUGUUGUUUUUAAUCCUCCUCGGGAUUAUUUUUCAUUUGCCUCUUUGGAUCGGAUCCAGGAAGAACAGUCUAUGGUCAGAACACACUGGGGGGUGCUCUGCUUUGUCUGAGGCGGGACGGGUCUGUCAGCAGUUCUGGGGGGUGAGAAUACUGCUGAACCAGCUGGGACCCCCCCUCAUUGUUCCUUUGACGUGGUGGCUCGUUUCCCUCCGUCUGGAUGGACUGAGGUUCUGGAGCUGCAGGCGGAUAAGAGAGGAAGGAUCCAGAACAUUCAGUGGAGUCUAAGGGUCAAAAUCUGAUCCUGGAGGUCACAGAGGCCCGGCUCAAACCCAGAGCGGCUGCAUGUGGGUCCAACCUGCAGGGAGGGGUUCUGAAAAAUGGAUGCCCACCUCCAGGUUCCAGAGAGGGGACUCAGUGAUGGGCCGAUGGCCCGGCAGCUCGCUGUACUACGAGGUCAAAGUUCUGAGCUUCGACGGGGCCAGCCGGCAGUACACCGUCGUCUACAAGGACGGGACGGAACUGGAACUGAAGGAGCAGGACAUCAUGAAUAUCUCAUCCUUCCAGCACCGCUCUCGCUCCCGUUCCCGUUCACCGGGACGCCGCCGCAGCCGCUCGCGCUCUCCUGCCAGGACCACUCGCCGCUCCUCGUCCCGGUCUGCUGCAGCGGAGAAGGCCCCCCCCUCCAGCAGGGAGGCAAAACCGAAGGACAGCGGGGAGGGUUGCCUCAGCCCACCGCCGCAGGUGAACAAAGGAAACGGGAACAGCAGCAAGCAUGAAGGCAAGGACAACAACGCCGAGAGCAAGAGGUCGGAGGCGGACCCUGACCGGAACCAGACCCGCUAUAACCUUCGUCGUAGGAAGGAGGACGCGGCCCCCGAGGCCAAAUCGGGGGAGCUGCAGCAGAAGAGGUCUGAGGAGGUCCCGGCAGCUUCGGUUCUGGUCCCUCUGGACUACGGAGGAAAGAUAGGUGCUGUGUUCUGGCUGCUGUUCCUGCCCGUCUGGGUUCUGUUGGUUCUCCUCCAAGCUGGACUGAAGGACCCCAGCCUGACCAACUUCCCACCCCCCCUGCCCCCCCUGGAGAGCUUGUGGGACCCCCAUGCCCUGGGCUUGGUUCUGCUGUGGAUCCUGUUCCAGGCUCUGCUCUACAUUCUACCUGUUGGAAAGCUGAGUGACGGCAUGCCGCUGCACUCCGGACAGAGACUGAAGUACAGAACCAACGGCUUCUUUGCCGCCGCCGCCUCAUUGGCAGCUGUCGCUGCAGCCGUGUACCUGGGCGCCGACCUCACCUACAUCCACAGCCACUUCCUGCAGCUGGCCACCGCCUCCUUCCUGGUCUCCGUGCUGCUCAGCGUCUUCCUGUACACACGUUCCCGCCUCGCUGCCCCAGAGGAGCUGGCGGCGGGUGGAAACUCUGGAAACGUGCUGUAUGACUUCUUCAAAGGCCGUGAGCUGAACCCCCGCCUCCGAGGCUUCGACCUGAAGUUCUUCUGUGAGAUGCGACCCGGUCUCCUGGGAUGGUGCCUGAUCAACGUGGGCCUGGCGCUGGCUGAGAUGAAGCAGCAGGGCCUGCCCGCCCCCUCCUGCCCCAUGGUCCUGGUCAUCGUCUUCCAGCUGCUGUACGUGCUGGACAGCCUGUGGAACGAGGAGGCCGUCCUCACCACCAUGGACCUGCUUCACGAAGGUUUCGGCUUCAUGCUGGCCUUCGGGGACCUGGUGUGGGUCCCCUUCACCUACAGCCUGCAGGCUUACUACCUGGUGGGGCACCCCACCUCCCCCAGCACCCCCCUGCUGGCAGCCAGCGUGGGGCUGCAGCUGGUCGGGUACUACAUCUUCAGGAAGUCCAACUCUGAGAAGAACCGCUUCAGGAGAGACCCCACGGACCCGCAGCUGGCCCAUCUGAAGAGCAUCCCCACAGCUACAGGGCGGAGUCUGCUGGUGUCGGGCUGGUGGGGCGUGGUUCGCCAUCCCAACUACCUUGGGGACCUGUUGAUGGCGCUGGCAUGGUCUCUGCCUUGUGGUCUCAGCCACCUGCUGCCGUGGCAUUACCUGAUCUACUUCUCGGCGCUCCUGCUGCACCGCGGCUCGCGCAUCACGAGCGCCUGCAUGAGGACGUACGGCUCCGCCUGGGAAGAGUACUGCCGGACCGUCCCGUACCGGAUCGUUCCAGGAGUCUACUGAGGACCCCCCUGAAGGAGGCGUGGCCUACGGAAUCAUGAAGAUCAACGUGAAGAUUCGCUCCAAGUGGAUUAUAACUGAACUUUGAUAAUUUCUGUUCAGAGAUGAUUCUAUUUUUGAAGCUUUUUUAACUUUUUCAAAGUUUAGAGAACGACCGACUGAAGGUCUACUGUAAAUACUUCUGUACAUACCGCUUUAGUGUGAAAGGAUCUGUGAGGACGACGCUCGCUCCAACCUCCUCACAGCAGGAGCUCCAGACAAGACUGGACCUCCUGAUGGGAGGAGCACCCGUUAAGAGGAGGAGCUCCAGAGUGUCCUCUGCUCCUCCCACCAGGAGCAGGAGGUGCAGACUCCUCUGCAGAGUCUCAUAGGAAUCUAGUGUAGACUUUUCUAGAACGACCUGAUGGCUCCUCAGGUUUGCUCGCCCCUCAGGCUCCCUCACUGUCCGGCUCUUCGGUGCAGGAAGUGACAGAAUGAAUUCCUUUGCCCCCCCCCAGCUGAUGCUGUGACUGAAAGCUGUAAAUAUGAGAUCAGCUGAUGAAGGCUUUGAUGUUUUUACUCUAUUUAAGUUAAAUUUCUGUUUACAGCCGGACCUGCGGUCCUCUCAGCGCUCCCGGUCCACUUUAACCAGGCGGCUGGUGCUGUGGUGAUGGUCCGUCACUGUGAGCUGCUGCUGGUUCUGACAGGUUAGAGGGUGUUAAGGGGUCCAGCAGACCGGUUCUUGUGAAGAACCGGAUCAGGACAGCAGCUUUUACAAAAAGAUUCUGUGUAUAAAUAUUGCAGCACUGAAUAAAAAAAGCUUUAUUUUCA